GUCAGGCAGUAUUUCAAGACACCCAUCGAUAGGGUCCUGAGGACAGACUCAAAAUGGCUGCCCCCAUGUCGGGGAGGCUCGAAGCAGCGGGACAGCGCCUGUAUGGCAAUAGCAAACUCUGGUUGCCCGGGCUGACCCAGGUCAGGUGGAGCCGAUACAGUCCCGUUUACCUGGAGCCAGAAAUAAACAAAGAAGCGUAUCGCAAGCCUCCAGAACAAUUAUCGGAAGAGGAAAAGGCUGAACAAGAGCUCAAAACAGUCCGACCCAUAAAAGCUUCCUCUUCCAGUGUCUCCAGUUCUGUAUUCUAUGAACCACUGAUAAGCAAAUUCACUAACAUGAUGAUGAUGGGAGGGAAUAAAAUUUUGGCCCGAUCCCUCAUGAAUCAGACUUUAGAAGCCAUUAAGAGGAAGCAGCUCGAGAAGUACCACAAAGCUGAUGAGAAGGAGAAAGAAAACAUUGAGUGCAACCCAUACACCAUCUUUCAUCAGGCACUGAAAAACUGUGAGCCCAUUAUCGGGUUGGUGAAUAUCCAGAAAGGAGGUCGAACCUACCAGGUCCCCACCCCCCUGAAAGACAACCGGCGGCGCUUUCUGUCUAUGAAGUGGAUGAUUACUGAGUGCAGGGAAAACAAGCACAGGCGGACAUUAAUGCCUGAAAAGCUCUCCAGUGAGCUGCUGGCAGCCUUCCACAAUGAAGGCCCUAUAAUAAAGAAAAAGCAUGAGAUGCACAAAAUGGCAGAGGCUAACCGGGCCUUUGCUCACUUUCGUUGGUGGUAGAAAAUGCAAUGUUUGGCAAACACAAUGUAGGAUGACAGACUUCGCCAUUUUGUGGCAUCCUACCAGCCUGGGAGUGCUUCUCAGCUGACCCUUUUGAAACAAUGUUAAGAAAUCUCAGAGCAAAUUACUUAUUAACAUUUCAUAUUUUAGUUUUUUCUUGACUCUUACAAGGUGAAGUUAUUCCCAUUUCCUAGAUGACUUCAAAUAGAGGCCCCUGGUUUUCACUUGCUGUAUGUUACAUUCUGAAUUCUUACCAGUCAGGGGGUGUAUUCAUGUUACAGAAUGGCCUCCGUUAAGGCACAGAGAUAGCAGGGGAUUAGCAGAAGAGGCAAUUUUCACUUCUGUAUUAUUACUGGAGUCUUUUGGAAACUUCCUCGUUUGAAGUCGAGCCAAACUAAUGAUAAUUAAAACCACAUUUUGAUA